CGAUCAUCUCCACGAUGGUGCUCAGGACGCUUGCGUGCUGCUUCGGGUCGCCCGAUGCCCCUCCCAGCGACAGGGGCAUCUCCGAGUCUGGCGCCUCGGGAGCCCCCUCCUCCGUGCAGCCCCAGUCUGCGCCAGCGAUGACGACCUUUGACCCUUGGAUGCAUCCCGUUGAAGCCAUCGUCAAGUUGGCGCAGAACGAGCCGGACGCCCUCGCCAUCUUCACCCUCGAAAACGACGAGAUCGAGCGCUACAGCUACCUCCAGCUCUGGGAGAAGGCUUACUCGAUUGCCCAGGGGCUCAAGGCCCUUCCUGGCUGGAACGACGAGGGCCACGACAUAAUUGCCCUCUUCUGCGAGCCCGAGGCGCACUGGAUGUUCUAUUCGGUUGCCCUGUGGAUCCUCGGCAAGAAAGUCAUCAACUUUGCCCUCAACUGGCCCUCGUCCGUCCGCAAGGCCCUCUGCGACAGGCUCAAGAUCCGAUAUGUGCUCUACCACCACACCAAGCCCGGACGAGUCGAAGGACUCGAGCCUGUCGAUGCUGGCACCUUCCCUCUCCUGGACAGCGUCCCGGCUCCCUCGCUCGAAGCCUGCGAGCCCCUGAACGACUACGUCGCCUAUCUCAGCACAUCCGGCACAACUGGAAUCCCCAAGACGUUCCAAGUCACCCAUAGAUUUGUCGAGUCGAGCCGCACCUCGGACAGAUUCAAGUACGCCGGUAUCGGUGUGUCCCAGGCGCCCUCGUUCACCGCCUCCAUGGGCUCAGUCAUUGGCGUCCCCAACACCAAAGGCUCACUCUGGUUUCCCAAGCCGACCCCAAACCCUCAGGAAAAGGCGACCAGUGUCAUCAGACUGUUGGAUGAGGGCUUGAACAUCAUCAGCUCGACCCCAUCCUUUAUGAAGCUCGUCUUCAAGCUUGCUCUUUCAAAUAAGAAAACUGUCACAUGGGACAAAGUCACGCUUGUCGGUCUCGGCUCGGAGCUUGUGACCGUGCCGCUCGUCAACCAGGCCAAGACACUGUGUCCAAACGCCCUCAUCCAAUGCUUUUACGGAUCGAGCGAGACUGGCGUCCUCAGUGCCAUGUCAGCCUGCAUCAUUCCUCCGUCCAUGCCCUGCCCUGCCCAGCUUGUCUACAAGCAGCCAAAGCCUCAUAUCAGAUGCCUCAUCUUUGACGAGGAGGGCAACGUGGUCGACCAGAGCGUGUCCCAGAGCGGCAUCUUGGUCAUGGCUGUCGACAAGGAUGACCCUGUCAAGAACCACCCCAACUUUACCACCGCCGAUCCCAACGACAAGCUGGCUUCGUUCGGUUUCCUCGAGGACGGCUCUCCCCGUGUCUGCACCAUGGACUGGGUUGAAAUGAAGGGCGAGAGAGAGUUUACUAUCGUCGGAAGAUUCGGCCAGAAGAUCAAGGUCAACGGCGUCUAUGUCGACCUCAACGCCCUCGAGGAGCUGGCCAACGAAAACAUGGCUCGUGUCAUCUCGGACUGCGCCUUCAUCCAGACCUCCGAGAAGAAGAUCGUGAUGCUCUUUGUUCGCAGAAAGGGCUCUGACAUCCAUGCAAACCCAGCCGAGGUCCUCCAGAUGGCCCAGGAUCUGUUCGCCCUCAAGAACGUCUCCAAGGUGCCGAUCCACAACUGCUUCGAGCUCGAGGCGUUCCCCUUCAACGACUCGGGCAAGCGUGACCUCAAGAAGCUCAAGCGCAUCGCCGAAAACACGAACCAGUACAGCCUGGCUGCCUCUUUCCCAGCCCUUCAUGCUGCAAACACGAUGGCGUCUCGCGCGGCCCUCAAGAUCUCGGCGCUCGGCAGCCAGAUCCUCGACAACCCCGCCCUCGACGGCCGCAACUACUACAUCGGCGGUGUCGGCUUUGAUUCGCUGAGUGUCAGCCGUCUCGCCCUCGCCAUCAAGGACGAACUCAAUGUCGAGAUCUCGCCGAUGAUCCUGCUGUCAAACGGAAUGACGCCGCUUGAUGUCGCCCAGCUGGUGGUCGAUCUUCGAAACAAUCGCCCUAUGAUCCCCGCGACGGGCGAUCUGGCUGGCGAGGCCGCCAGGCUCGACGAUGCGAGUGUGACGGCCCAAGGUCUCCCUCCGUUUGUCUAUCCCAAGGACCCUCGCGGCAUCGUCCUGACCGGCGCCACUGGCUUCCUCGGUGCCUUCCUGAUCUUUGAGCUGGCCAACAAGUUCCCUCGGGCCAAGAUCUACUGCCUCGUGCGAGCCCAUAGCGAAGAAUACGCAUUGGAUCGUAUCUUUUCCAACGCCUCCAAGUUGGUGAUAGCAUCGAGAAAGGCUGGUGAUCCGCGGUACGAUGUGCGCAAUCGAUUCAUCGGUCUGUGCGGUAACUUGUCGAAGGACAACUGGGGACUCUCGGACGAGCGAUGGAAGGAGCUUUGCCGAGAAACCGACAUGAUUGUCCACAACGGCGCCGAGGUCCACUGGCUGUAUGAUUAUGACAGACUCAAGGGGCCCAACGUCCUCGGCACGGCGACGGCCCUGAGACUGGCCACAACCCACCACCUGAAGCCGCUGCACUACAUCUCGACCAUCGGCACGAUUCCAGCUUCCAAGAAUACUAAUGAGCCGCUUAAGGAGAAAAUCAACUCGGCCUGGAACAUCUCUGGCGGGUAUGGCCAGACCAAGUGGGUCUCUGAGCAGCUGGUCAACAAGGCACGAUCCAGGGGAGUGCCGGUGACGAUCAUUCGCCCAGCACUGAUCGCCGGCGACAGCAAAUACGGAGUGUCCAACACGGACGACUACAUCUGGCGAUAUGUCAAGGGAUGCAUCCAGCUCGGCAUUGCUCCCUCGCACGCCACUCCCGUCACGAUGACCAUGGAUCCCGUCGACCAUGUCGCCAAGGUGGUCGCCGAGAUUGCCGGCUCGGAGGAGUCCCUGUCCAAGUUUGUGUUCCACAUCAGCGACUCGGAGCACAGUACCAUCACCGAGACCAAGCUGUUCGAGAUUGUCAAUGCCCAUGGCUGGCCCGUCUUGUUCGAGUCCCGCGAGCAAUUCAGAACGCUGCUGACCGAGAACCCGACGGUUGAGGGCAACUCACUGUUCCCGCUCAUGUACGUGAUGAUGGACAUGUCUGUCCAGGUCGACAACGCCAACACCCGCUCGAUCUACCCAGCACCCUGUCCCUCGACAACGUCGAUCGUCAAAAAAUGUCUCAACUACCUCUACAUCGUGCGCUUCCUGUACGAGCCCAAGUAUGCCUCGAGCGAGCUCAAGGACGAGGAGUAUCCCGAAGUCAGCAUCUUCACCCGCACCGGCCGCAACUGAUUGCUCGACACGCUACCAUAGUGCGUGCCUCUCCCUCGUUCCAAUUGUUUCUUUCCUUUUCCUUCCGGCUCGCCCCUUUCUAUUCCUUCCCUUUCCUUCGAUGAUAGAAUCUUCUUUACUUCUCCAGCCACCAGCUCUUCUGUUUUGAUGGCCUCCAAAUCCCUCUAUGUUGUCGCUAUAUGUCUGAUCUUGCCAAUUCAAUUCGAGCGAAUCUGUGUUCGACAGGGUUGCUGCCUUCCUCUUCCAGAAAAUGUCUGUAUUACCGUGUACCCAUAACGAAAUGGGAUAUCCUGCUUUGAGCCAGAGUUGUCCGUUCUUUCUAGGUCCUGAAUACACCACGUCAUGACCAA